GCCUCGGCCCGGGUGACCGGGACCGCUUCGCGCAGGAGGGCCUCCUGCACCUGCGCGGCGUCUUCGCGGGCGGGGCCCGCCGCCGCCUGCUCCAGGCGGCGCGGCGCCUGCUGGAGCGCCUGUGGGGCGCUCCGCCCAGGGGGGCCGUGGAGGCGGAGCCCACGGCCCCGGGGCAGUACGGCUUCGGCGAGCCCAGGGACUUGGGCUCCAUACCCCGGCUGCGCCGGAGGGUGCUGCGGCGCGGCGGCUACCGGCUCUACCUGAACUUCUCGAGCCCCGCCCUGCGCGCCUGGACCGCGCUGCUGCUGGACCCGCGGGUGCUCUGCCGCGCGCGGGCCCUCACGGGCGGGCGGCCGCUGCGGGUCAACGGCCUCGCGUUCGAGCGGGGCACGCAGCAGGCGCUGCACGCCGACACCUG